AUUCUAUCGUCGUGUUAUCACAAAUCCUAUUAAAAUACGAUAGACAGGCAACCUGUGCAACUGUUUGACGAUUGCCGAAUGCCGAAUGAUUCAGCUGUCGAGUGUCGACCGCCGCGCGGUGGGGCGUGGUGCCUGCGUCCCUCGUCUCGUCUGCAUUCUCCGUGGCUGUGCAAAUCGAACAGUUUUGCUUUGAGACUCAAACCGUGAACUAAGGAGUGCCUAACGCCUAUGAGACAUAAAAUUAUUACAAAAACUAAGAAAAUUGUAUUAAGGUUCUAGUGAUGGUUUAACGUGAAUUAAAAAACAUUAAUUAAAAUUUAGUAACUAUCGAUAUAAUUAAGCAGCACCAACAGCUGAACCCAGGGAUUUCCUCGGUAUUACAUAGCGGUUGCGCUAUUAAUGUCUAAUGCUAUUGACGUCGCUACGGUUCGUGCUACAGCAUCUUCGCAGGUACAGCGAUAUUUAGACAGCAAUCGCGCUAUCGUUUCCACAUUUGAGACAAUCACCUUUGUUAAUUCUUAAGCUAACACCACUGACUCACGGCGCCAACGCACUAACGAGCUAUAUGGCACAGCGACUGUCCAGAUUUUAUAGGUACGAACAUGGAGUCAGAUUACGAUCGAAAAUUUGAAGAAAUGAAAGCUUAUAUUCCUUUCUUGGAGAGAAUGAUUACAAGAUUGGAUAUUGGCAACACACCAAGAAAUCCUCGGCAGGCGCAGCUUGAUAAAAUCAGAUCUUUAAGAGAUUUAUUGCAAAAUAAGAAAAAAAGAAUGAAAAUGGAAAACUUAUUAAAAUGCGAACAAGUCUUGAUUACUCUCCAUGCGAAAGUCGAACAGAGAGACGCUGUAACGGAAAAAAUAGAAUUUGAAAAAAAAGCUGAAGCAUCCGAUUUAAAUGUAGUUAGAAACAAGUUAAAGUCAGUUGUUUCAAGACUGAGUCCAGAAGCAGAUAGAGAUGGUGAUAUCACAGAAGUAGAAUUUAAGAGAAAUAAUGAGCCAGCAUUGUUUCAGAGAAGACCUAACCAAAAAACAAUAUCGCCCAUGAGUGACGAUAAUAGUUCUCUACCACAGUCAUCUAAACGAAACUAUACGCGAGUUCUGCAUUCUCCCGAUAAAAGUUCCAGACAUUGGCCUGAAAAUUCCAAAACCGAUCAGACCCUUUUUAGCCGUAGGUCACCAAGAAAGACCUCACAUAGAUAUUCUCCUUCGUAUAAGAAAGAAAAGAAGAAGUCAAAAAAAAAUAAGCAAACUAAGCGAAGAGGUCUUAAUAUAACCCUGAAUGUUCCUGAAGAGAAGUUGAAUUCAUUGGAUACAGACGACAUAUUAACAAGAAUUAUCAAUUGCAGUGACAGUGACGUCGAUAUUUCUACGCUACGUGAAUUGCGUUCACAGAUUUUAGGAGAACUGAAACAUACUGGAGUCAAGGAUGACAUUUCUGAACUAUUGCUGAAAUCUUGCCAAACAAAAACUAAAAAAAAAUUAGCAAUUGCGACUGAAAUCGAAGAAGGUGAAUUGUCAGAUAGUGAAAGUGAAGCUAUAGAAAAUAUUUAUGGAAGUUUAGUUAUUACGAAUAAAGAUACGUCCAAGUCAACUAUUAUAGAUGCAGAAAAAGAUAAAUCUCGUAAAAUACAAAUAUGUCUGGUAAUCAAUUCGGGAAAAAAUGAAGAAGACUCAUCAAAACAAGAAAUUACUGAAAAUAAAAAUGCUGCGAUUGUUGAUAACUCGGAAUUUCAAUCCUUUUCUCAUGCACAUACGAAUGUAAUUAACUCAUUAGAAGUUGAUGAAAAUGAACAACAUGGAGUUCUGGACGAUAGCAGUAAAACUCUCAAUUCUGUUUUUGUAGAAAAAGAAGAUAAGCAAAUGCAAAACAACAGGCAAGAAUGUGAAGCAAUUCCACUAGAUAGCAUGCCAAUUGAUAAAGACAAAAAAAUUGCGGACAAAGAUAUCCCUGAAAAGGUCAACGAAGAUGAUGCGUUUCCCACAAAAGGAACUCACGCUGCAUAUGAGAAAACUUUUAAAGACGAUAAAGCUGCAGAAAAAACAGUGCUUAAUACUGAAAGUAAAACUGAAACAAAGCCAGAUAAAGGCGUGGAAGAUAGUAAAGCAAGAUCUUUUAUUCCUAACUUUUACAAUUCAAAUAAAGCCGAUGAAGCCAGCCAACUGGGGUCAGUUGUGAAAUCUGGUACUUGUCAGGAAGUUAUGGAUGUACAAAUAAACAAAUUAAGCAACGAAAGAGAAACUGUGAAACAUGUUAAUAUGAACAGUUCUGUGGAAAUUCCGCUUUUAGACUUGGAAGCAACUAAUAAAAAAGAUAUUGUCUCUGAGAUAGAUAUCUUGCAGGCAUUGAAAAAGGAAAUAUUAGGCGAAACGACAAUUACACCGAUAAUAACAUCUGAUGACACUAAUACUCCGGCUCUUCAUCAGCCUAAAAUAACCAAAGUAGCUAGAGCUCAGGAAAUUGUUAAAAAGAGAAUAUCGAUUGAAAAUUAUAAACAAAAAUGUAAUGAACCUCUAAAACCAUUGUUUUGCCGCGAUAUUAGUCAAAAGAGUUCGAAAGAAGAUCAUAUCAAAAAGCAAAGCUUAAAACUAACAGAGAAAGAAUGUGAACGAUUUAAAUUGCCAAUAAAAUUACCGUUAAACGAUAGUUCUGAAGAUGACGAUGAUUUAAUGGAGUCGCUAAAUGAUUAUUCCAAUUUGGCCCCGAAGUCGCCUGAUCACGAAGACUUUGCUGAUUUGGGAAUUAAACCACCAGUUAUUAUACCCUCAGACCCAGUCAAACCUAUCGUAGUCAAUUCAUUUCUUGAUGUCGAUAUGAGAAAUGUUGAUGAUUUUUCUUUUAAAUCCAAAGAAGUUUCCGUAGAUUUGAAUAUCGGCACUGAAAAACAUUUAAAUCUAUCUAAUCGUCGCAGAACAAAUUCUCGCUGGGAAAUCCCACAAUCUGAUGAAACUUAUAAGCCUGAAGGAAAAGUGGUGUUACCCGGCAUAUCUUCAGACAGUCAACAACCUAGUAUGACACCAAGUAGAAAUACAUCGGGUUCACACAAUAUGACGCCCAGUCGACUAACUGCCACAAGCGUUACACAACCCACUACACCAAUUGUAUCUGAUAUUUCAUCAAAAUUUAUGCCUAUGAUCCCGAAUGCGAGGACUUAUGAAAUGACUCCAUCUCGUGUAGAUUCAGAAGAUAUUUCAGCUAGUAAGCAUGUUUAUGCACCUAUGUUUUCAGGAGGUAACAAAGGUGAUAGAAAUGAGCAACGUAAUAGUGAACCAUUUAUAUGGGAAAUGAAUACUAUGUUAAAAGACAAUGAAUUCGACUCAGGAGAUUCGUUUGGAAGAUACCAAAGUCCUCAUACCCCUAUCCAAUCAUUUGCCAGGCACGAAGGCAAGGCUACGCCGUUACCAUCAUUGGGAAGAAUAGAAUGCCCAACUACUCCAUUGCCAUCUUUUGGCAGAAGAGAGUGCUCAUUAACACCCUUGCCAUCAUUCGGAAGAAACGAAAGAGCAAUGACACCUGUCAACUCGUUUAACUGCAUGGACGGGUCUAGAACUCCCGUUCAUUCUUAUGGCAGAACUGAUGAGGCAGUAGGAUUUCCUUAUACAUAUAAUAGAUCAGAACGGUUAACACCGGGUCAUUCAUUUUCUCAGUUUGAUGGUUCGUCAACACCGAUUCAUGCAUAUGGUCGAGCAGAUGCGCCAACACCGUCUUAUUCGUUUGGGAGAUCAGACGAUUCAAGAACACCUGCUCAUUCAUAUGGAGGCCAUGACGGGUCAGGAACACGCCCAAAUUUAUACGGACAAGAUGGUUCGGGUACACCUGGUUAUUCAAAUUAUUCAGAAGGUUGCACAACACCGUCUCAUUCAUUUGGUAGAACUGAUUAUAUGAGACAUCAUCAACUCACAAAGCCAAUGCAUGGAAGAAACGACCCAAGACUUAACAGAAGUUCCGAUUUUGACAACUAUAAAAAACGAGAAGACAAUAGAGAAUAUGGAUUUUAUAAAGAACAAAAGUAUAAUCAUGAUUAUGGUUCCGAUCGGCGAGGGCGGGAUGAUUUUAGGAAAUAUAAACAGAAUUUUGGAAGAAAUGAUAUGAACAGAUUUCAUGGUCGCAAAAAUGAGGGAUGUGUUAAAGACUUAAAGUCGGGUAAAGAUAAAUUUGACAAACGAUACUCUCACAGUAAGGAAACGUUUAGCUAUCGUGAUAAAAAAGAAUAUCAAUUUUAUGGUGACCGUUAUAAUUUACGAGAGCAUUCAGCAGAUAGGUAUUAUUCGAAUCACAGACCACCAUGCAAUACUUACGAAAAUGACAGUGAUUUGGAUGGUCGGUUAGAUAGAAGUGAAAAUACAUCUCUUCAAAACAUAGAACAAACCAAAAAAUCGUUGAGUUGUUUUGAUAAUCGACGACGGCGAGCUUCUAGUGUUGGCAGGGUCUUAGUUCGUGAACGCAGCAUUGAUCGAUCUACUCAUGAUAAGAAACGAACCACAAAUAAAUCUGAUAUUGUUAGUAAACGCAAAGAUUUUCAUCGAGCAUCUAGUGUCGGUAAGGAAUUGCAUAUGCCUCGGUCUUUAAGCUUUAAAAAUAUAAAGGACGAUUUACGUUUAUUCAAAAUAAAAAAUGAUGUAAAUAUUGAAAAAAGAUUUGGGAACACGAGUAGCGUGAAAGAAAAGAGUUCUCAAAAUAAAAGUGAUAUUACGGAUACUAGGAAGUCGGACUGUAAUCUCUCAUCUCAAAAGACACAAUCGGUUAACCGACAUUCACUCAAAAAUUAUUAUCAAAAUCCUAAAUUGCGUCGUGAUUCAGAGUUGCAACACAAGGAAAAGUAUAGGAAUAAAUCGCAAUUUCGCUAUCAUAAAAAACCUGGGAUAACAUAUUCCGAUGCUAAUAUAUCAAAAGGAACUAUUUUAGGUCCAGGUUGUGGUGUUAAAAAUUAUAAAAUACCAAAAAUUAAACGUCCUCUAAAAAUCGACAUUGACAAUGUAACCGAUAAUAUCAAAGAAAAAAAUUCAGAGGAAAAGAUGGAUAGGAAUAGCGCGAACGGAUCAAAAAUUAAGAUUGAACGCAUCGAUUCAGAUAGAAAGAAUCCAAUUUCGAAAACAGGAGACAGUAUAAGUUACGAUGUAAGUAACGACAAAAAAGAUAAAGCAAACUUAGACAUAAAAAAUACUGAAACUAAAGAUGAAGAAAGUGAUCAAAACAUUUUGAAAUUAUGUUCAAAUAGACGCAUAACUCGUUCUUCUGUAAUAAGCACAUCUAGUACUGACAGUUUGAAUGAGGAGGUUAUUGUAAAAAGGACUAAAAAGUAUAAAACUAAACAGAUGAUUUAUGAUGAGACAGAAUCCGAAAAUGAAGAAAAAGUGUUAAGUUUUGUCACUGUUCAAAGCGAUGCCAUAAAAGUCAGUAAAAUCUUAGACCAUCACACAUUGGAAAGUUCCGAUUUACCUAACAAUGACGUUAAUUUAGGAGAUCAUUCUCCAACUCAAAAAUUGGCUCAUAAUAAAGAACUUAGCAUCAAUAUUUUGAAUCGAAAUAAUGAAAUAGAUAAACAGAGUUUACUUUCGACUGAAGAACUGAAUAUUAACAAUAAAAAUGCAAAUACUAAAAAAAGUCAACAUAGUGUCAAUAAAAAUGUAACACAAGACAUUAGUUUACCAGCUUCCGAAUUAAAUAUACCUAGUAGUAUUUCAGAUUCAACUUUCAGUUUACAACAACCUGUUAACGAAAUUAAGAAAAAUAUUGAUCAAGAAGUUCGUAUAGAGAAGAAGGUAACUUCUGAACAACCUGAUAAUGAAGGUGUUAACUCUAGUUUUGGAGAUCUUGAAAUCUUUUCAGAUACUAUUGCAUCUGACCCAGUACUAGAUAACAUAAAUGCGUUAAUUGCCAAUUUAGACCACGAUAUAGAUACUGUAAAAAAUAAUGAAGUUCGCGGGUCCUUCAAACAAGAUUUCCUGUUGGAUCAUAUGUUUGACAGUGUUAAAGAAAAUCGUUAUAAAGACGAUGAAAAGAUAAUUGUAGCAGACAACAUAGAGUCUACGUCCAAAGAGAUGUCUCAAGACCAAGGUGACCCUACCAAAAAUCUUGCAGAUAUAGAUAUGUCGAGCAAAAAUGAAAUUUCACCAGAAAAGAAUAAUGUAACUAUUGCCAAAUUUGAUGUUUUAUCUGAAGCAACUUCCAUUUCCUCAAAACGUGAAAUUAAACCGAAUGAUUGUAUUCCUAAAAAUAUAGAUCUGGACAAUAAUAGUAGCGACGCCAUAGUGUCGACAACAAAAGAUGAUAUAAAAUUACUUUCCCAAGAACAAAAUAAAUGGACAGAAAGCCACGCUAGUUCUUCAAGCAGACCGGAUAGUACUAACAACGUCGUUGAUCAGCACAAAAUAACGAAUGCAACUGCGCCGGAUAGUACAAAUGAGUCCAAUGAAUCUAGUGAUCUAAUUUCUAGUUCCAAUUCAGAAGUUCAAAGUAUCCUAACUGUUGAUUCAUCACAAAGUGUUGAUAAAAGUGACACCAUUGGUAAUUUUUUGUCAAUACUUCAAGAUAAAACUAAAAUAAGAGAGUUAUUAAGUUUAUUAGGAGAACAAUCGGUAGAAAAUGUAAAAAUAAAAAAGAAACUAGAGAAGCUCAGUGCAAUUGAAUCGGACGAUGAAGAUGAUAUUAAUAAUCAUUGUAAUAUUACAAAAGUUAGUUCAGAUAAUACGAACGAAGUAAUACAGUCGAACAACGAUGUAGUUCAGAGCAAAUCAACGGCGCAUCUCGACCAAUUUGCCUCUAUAAACACUUCCGAUGACGCUGGAGAUGUGAAUGAUUUUCAUGAACACAAAAGUGAUAAAUUAGAUUCUGUAGAAAUGAUGGAGCAUAAUGAUGAUAAAACUGAAAGUGCAACUGCUAAUGAAAAAGAAGUUUUCAACAACAUCAAUAAGAAUAUACCGUCCAAUGGCGAAACUGAGUCUGAAUGUACAAUAGGUACGAAAGUGACUAAGAAAGGACGGGGAAAGAAAAUUAGAAAAGGUGGUAUUUCAGCAAAAAAACGAUUAACAAGAUCAGUUGCUGUAGCAAAAACAAAGACAAAUAAACCAUCAAGAGAGCUCUUAAAUUUACAAGCGGACAUAAGAGAAAUGUUUCUGAAAGACGACGAAGACAUUUUAGGAGGUACCACAGGUUUAAGAAUGUGCCGCUUAGCUAAAUUGGGCGGCGAAAAUUCACAAAGCCAAUUACAAGAAGAAUCAUCUAAAAAUGAUACAAUGGAAAAGUUAAAAAAAUGUGAAGAUUCGACAUUAGGAAAAACACCGAAAAGAAAAUAUACUAAAAAGCUUAAAUCUGACAGGCAUAAUAAAAUUAACGAAGAGUCACUUAGUCCCGUUAUUAAUGAGACAGUAUCUCAAAAAGAUCCAUAUCUAUUUGAAAUAGAAUCACUAAAUGAAUCUAUAUUGACUGCAGAAAAGAGAGAACAUUCCCCUAAAAACGACAGUGAUUCAGCUGAGUCUUCUCAAUGUGAAUCUUCCGAACAGCUUUUCUUUGGGCUGAAGAAAAAACCUAAACGUAAGCGUAGUGCUUGGCAAUCUGGUAUAAUUCUCCCUAAGAAUAAGAAAAAGAAAUUAAUAAUUACUAAACCGAAAAUUAUCGCUGCAGAUUUUCCUAAAAAUGCAAAGGAUGAAGAUCACAAAACUACAAUUGCGAAUGUUAAUUGCUACGUCGAUAAAUUGUACUGUUUUUCAAAAAGUAUCCUCGAAUAUGACUGCAAAUUAUGUGAUAAACCUUUCAAAAAUAUUGUAUGUCAUUAUAGAAAAGAACAUCCACAUAGCGAAAUACCCUUAUCACGCAUGAGCCCAGACAUAGCCCUGGAAGCUAUUAAACAAUGUGAAACAAUAGACUUUCGAGCUAUUUGUGAAAUACCAAGCUAUCGUUAUGUUUGUAGAUUUUGUUUUAAAGAAUUCACAAAAUGUAAAACAUUAGAAAGUUUCUUUUGGCACAUAGUAAGUGCUCAUACUGGAGAAUAUAAAGAACCAUGCUCUGUUUGCGAAGACAAUAAUAAAUGUCCGCUCGCAUUAGAUAUUCCCCCACCUCCCAAAAAACAGAAGGGACAGUUAAUAGGUUACAUAUGUGGCAAUUGUAAUUAUACUCAGUUAUCGUUAGAAAAUUUGAAAACACACGUAAUUACUAGGCACAAUGACGAACAAACAGAAGUUUACACCAUCAAUAUGUCACACUUGUCAGUAAAAGCUUUAAAUUCUAUUUUAAAACAAACAAAGAAGAUAAGAAGUAGUAAUGAAUCAGAAGAGCAACGAGUUCUGAGAAGUACCCGAACCUGUGCAAAUUCGGACAUCACCGAUGAAAAAAGUGACAUUACUGACGAAAGCGAUAAUGUCCCGACCACUGCAAUUUCUUCUGAAUCUAAUAUAGGGAUUUCAAAGAAAAAUACCAAAAUACAUUCUAAAAUAACAUUUGAAAAUGAUACUGAUAACGAAGAAAUUUUACAUGUAUCGAAGAGCAAUGAUACAAGUUUAAAGGUAAAAAAAGAACCGAAAGACAUAGACGAAAUUAGAGACGCUGAAAAUGAAUUGGUAAUACGAAGUGAAACAUGUCCAAUAACGCCGUUCGAUGAAUCGAAUGUUCAAAUUACAUACGAUAAAGAAAGUGAACGUGGUACAGAUAUUAAUGAAUCACCGCAUUUUAAAAUUACUUACACUGAAUCAGGCUCCAAGCUCUAUGUUUGUUGUAUUAACGGUCAUCCACAUUAUAGAACAGCUCUUAUGAUAUCUUUUAAGAAGCACAUACAGGUAGCUCACAUAGAUAAUAAAUGGGAUGGUUAUUGCUGCAUUUGUAAAGUUAUUGUAAUGCCCCAAGGACUCCAUAGUUACAGAAGUUGCUUAGAUCAUUUGAUAGAUAAACACUUAGAUAAUUUCCCAGUGUUAGAAAUACCCGCUGAAAAACCAACAGAAUUUUCUGGAGAAAAACCAGUGGAUGAAAAUAUUAAGCUUUCAGUAUCAUUACCAGUUCAAAAUUCACCAAAACCAUUUUUGUCUGUUCGACCACUAUCCGAACUCCUUUCAAAUACAGCUACUAAUGAAAAGAGCGAAUCAUCGCCACUACCAGUCAUAGAAAGUAUUGCAAGUUUAGGGAAUUCAACAGAACCUCGGGUAUCCUAUCCAACGCAAGAACCAGUUCAAGAUAAUAUUAAGUGUUAUUUGUACGAAGAGGCUCAAGCUGAAAUUAUGUCAAAGAAAAACAUAAUUAUUUUAGACGCAAUGAUUCGUCAUGACAAAUUGGUUCAAGUCUUUAAAUGCGCAGGUCGUUUUUGUUCGUACACCACAAAUAGCGCCGAGGACGCACUGCUUCAUGUUUCUACUCAUUCUCGUAUAGGCGGUGACAAUGCUUUGAAAUGCGCUUAUUGUGAUUUUGAUUGUUUGGACAAUGCGAUUGAUUUGGUUACACAUGUGUUUAAAUAUCACGGGUUCUGUCAGUAUGUGUGUGGCUUUUGUUUCUACAGAGCGAGCGCUAGCCAACUUGUUAAUGCACAUAUUGGAAGAGUUCACGAAAAUGUACCAAUAAAAACCAUUCUAAAGUCAUUGUUUACAACUGCACCGAUAGAAGCAAACAUGUUAUCAAGGGAAGCCGCUGUACCGACCUAUGUUUGUACUUGUGAUGAUGAAGAUGGGGUGAAAUGUAAAUUCAAGACUUAUACACCGGGAAAACUUUGUGAACACAUUAAGGGCAGACAUAAAGACGUUACCAUCCAUGAAUGUUUUAUGUGUAACGCACCAUCAGACUCUGUUGAGGAACUAAUACUUCAUUAUAAGUCGCACGGGCUUAAGUUGUAUCAAUGCGCUUGGUGCGUAUACGGAGCCGACACUGAGAAUGAAUUAUUGACCCAUUCGUCAAUCCAUCACGCCGUCUGUCAGCCAAAAGCAUAUCUGAGAGUUAUUACAAAUAAGGAGGGGACUUCCGAAUUUAGAGUACUGCCACUAGCGCACUUGAAUAAAUCUAUCUUACCCAACGUAAUGGACGUGUCUCCUACUGGAGUGAGAGAAAACCCAGUCAGGGAAGCGGAGAGAUCCAUCGAUUUGGAGAAACUCAUAGGCCACACAACAUCUUUCAUUGAGCCUACAGAUAAUAUAGAAACGGAAACUCCUAAUGAAGUAUCUUCAGAUGAACCCAGCAUUGCCGAAUCGAUGCUCAACUUUACGUCAGAGCCACAAUCAACCUCACUUGAAGUGACCAGAGACCAUAGUGACCAUUCAACUCCCGUCAUCAAGAGCGAGGUGGUAACUCCUUCUUCACCAAAACCAGGAACCUCCACUGAUGUCAUAUGCCUAGACAGCGAUGACGAGGAUCUCAACACAUCUAAUGUGUCCAGAGAAUCCAACUCCAACCCAAGCACACAAGAGGCACUGGGCUUAGAAAUGUCUACCUCUUUGGAUGACCCUGGCAAAUCACAGUUUCGUUUGAAAUCUUUGUACAAAUGCGCCACGUGUUCCGUAAUAUCUAAGAAUUCUGCCCUUUUCAAAGCUCAUUUAUCAAAGUGCUUCCCUAACCAAACGUACCACAUACCAUGUGCGUUCUGUUCGUAUACAGGUUCGAAAAAGAAACUCCCGGCUCAUUAUACUCAAAAUCAUCUAUAUAAACCUAAAUCUAUGGUACGAAGUGAUUCUGUGGACUCGAUUACAUGUGGACCACAGGAUAAAGCAAGGCAACAAUCAACCGAAAAUUCAUCUAAUAUCGUUAUUUCGACAAAAAAAGUGGGAGGAGUGACAUUUACAGAGCUAACUGCUAAAAAGAAUAUCAAACGAAAAACCUCUGCCGAGAACAGCUUAGGACCACCAGUGAAAGUAACUAAGUACGGCCCGCACGAAAUCCAUAAACUACCUAUAAACCCUAUUUUAGAAAACUUUAUAUAUUGUUCUCUUUGCGAGUUCACCACCAAAGUUCGUUUGAAUAUGGUGCGUCACUUGCAGUUGCACGCGAAUCAACAGCCUGUACCGCAAACGGCGCCCGUCAACCCUGUCCCACAUUUGGAAACAAAUGAAAUGCAUUUCGACAAAAUGCUCAAUUUAGCUUCCAGCUCACUCGCCCACAGACAAGAUAAACACAACAAAAAUGACACCCCGACCAUCCCGAUUCCUCCCGAAAAGGCGUCUACCUAUCCUAAAUAUGUUCCGGAACGAACGCGCCAUACGUGUGGCGCUAAAGGGUGUUCGUAUAUUUCAGUCGAUGAAAAUAUGUUGAAAUGUCAUUGGGACACUUUACAUUCGGGUAGCAAUGAUUUCCACUGCGUUCAUUGCCCUCCAUACCAAAAGCUAGACACGAAGACACCGGUGACAGCUUCUCGUAUAAUCGCUCACCUGAAAAUGCACGAUGCCAAACUUUACGCCUGUUCCCAAUGCCGAUUCUAUCAUUUCAACCUAACGGUGGUCGAGAAGCACGUUAAUGAAGCACAUAAUCGCGGUGACGUCAUGGUCGUGAGAGAAGAAGUCACCAGUGUCCUUCAGACGACCCCACCCGUGUCUGCCACCACAGCACCCACUAUGGACUUGAAGCCUUGGCAGUGUGGUCUAUGCGAAUACAAAACUUUAUUGCGUCCCGAAAUAGUCGAACAUUGCGCUAAAACACACAAUUCUAAAAUGCAAUUUAAAUGCGUUUAUUGUGCGUUUAGAACAUCAAAUGAAGAAAAUGUCAUCAAACAUCAGUCACAAUCGCACCAAGAAUUUCCUGCUGCGACAUUUUAUUUCUAUUAUCGUGAAGGGUCUAUGCCUAAUCAGGCCGAUGGGACUCCAUUUUGGAAAAUUCAAAAGCAAAACUAUGGUUCUGCCGAAACCAAGAUUAAAUCUGAGAAGGGCGAAGCAGGGUCAUUAAGCACUACCCCCGUUACUAAUAUAACACCCCCCAUCGUGAAUAUUAGCAUUGUAAAGCAAGAAGUAGUUGAAUCGGUUGAAGAAAGUAUAGAAGAUCUUUGUAAGUUAUUUGGUCAGUUCUGCGAGCCGAAUGGAUUAAAGUACAAAUGUCCAUUGUGUACAAUUGUAAUUGAAGACACCAAAGAAGGCAUGCAGUCUCAUCUCUAUGAGGAGCUACAAUAUAGAAAAUGGAGUUGCAGUAUCUGUUUCUACAAGGCAUUCCAUCGGCGUGGUCUAAGCGAACAUAUGACAUCAGAGCAUCGUGUCAAUCGAGACCCUGUAGAGCUGCCUAUUGACACCCGGGUCGAAACUUGGGUCGCGGGCCUUCUCCAACAUCAAGAGGCCCACAUUGAAAACUCUAGGAAAAAUUGGGCUAAACAAAAGGCUGAAAUUAUUAAAAAAAAUCAAAGCGCCAGUGAACUGAAAUCUCUCUUGAUUCCUCCAAAUACAACUGUAAGCAAUUUGAUAAAUGUAAGUAAAGAAGAGUUGGAAAGUAAGUUUGGUGCUCUGGGUGCCUCAAAGGACAUGGCUUUUUGUUGCCCCAAAUGCAACGAAGUUAUAAGAGAAGAAAGUACAAUGCGUAAUCAUUUGGAAAGUGAAUUGAAUAAGAUACGAUGGUGUUGCAGUACUUGCCCUAAAACGUUUACAUCCUACCAUCAGGCACAGUUCCAUUGUAAGACUCAUUCGGGGCAGUCGUCUCGUCCGGUGGAAGCCCCUCGAGAUUCAGACCUUAGGACGGCCUGGGUUGACGCUGUGCUAGAAGUGCAAAAACUUAGUAUGAAUUGUGCCUCUCAGUCAGUAGACCAGCGACGUCAGUCUAUUUCACCUGACCCUUCAGACAACUCUUUGCUAGUAGUACGAUACGAGGAAAGAGUUCCAACGCCUGAAAACCAGUCGUUUUAUUUAAGAGAAUCACCCGAUAGCGACGUUGAUAGGCUCGUUAUCUCUGAAAUGAAACAUAGAAAGCGCAAGGCAAACACUAGCUGCAAAUAUUGCGACUUUUCAUCUACCAAGAAGAAAGUCUUGAAUGAACACAUCCUACAAAUCCAUUAUGACCUGAAACCUUAUACAUGUGAAUACUGCAAGGUGACCGGAACUCUAGGUUAUCUUAAAAGACACCAGAAAGUCUAUCACACGGUGAAACCAAUAAAUAUAGUACCUACCCAAAUUCCAAUUGAAACGCCGUCUGAAUGGGCUAAAAAAAAAUUGGACGUACCCGCAAUUGAUUCCACCAUUUGCCUCACUUGUCAGUCACCUGUGUUACAAUCAGAUAUUCCCGAUCAUGUACAUGAAAACACUGAGGCAGAAUUCGGUCGUAUAGGCGAAGUAAUCAUCAAAUGCUCCACUUGCAGUACUUUACAUAAAAACAUCUUUAAGUUCGAAGAACAUAGGAAAAAGCAGCAUUCAAAGGAUGGCAAUUAUGUGUUUUAUAAACUGACUACCCGGCGAGUUCAAGCGAAGUGUUCAUUCUGCCCACAGAAAUUUACGUUAAAGAAAGAUUUGAAAGCGCAUACGGAAGCUUCUCAUGCCGAACAGAUGAAAUAUGCGAAUUUGGAGCCGCAGUCGUCGCAGGUGAUAGUUUUGGAUGACGAGGAAACCAUGGAUGAAGAAUCUCCUAGAAAGAGAGUAGCCAGAAAAUCCACGUCAAAGCUGCCGUUUUCGAAGCCGGUGGCGCGAAAGUCAACCACAAAAUUACCGAUGGAGAAUCAGGAAGAGUAUUCUUUUUAUGGUACAAAGCCUUGCUUAGACAGUUUGGAAAAUGUGACUACUAUGAUGCCAUUCUACAAUUCCUAUAUGCCAGUUACCUUUGAAAGGCUAAGUGGUGUGUUAAAUAUCAAUCCGAGAGUAGUAAUAACAAAACUGCCAAAAUAAAUAUUAAAAUAAGUGAUUGUGUUAAACUAUUGUUGUGAAUAAAUCGAAUCUGUGAUUAAAGCAUUCAUAGAAAUAUAUUUCAUAUCAUUCAUAGAAUUUCUUAACUCAUCCUUUGUAAGAUAAUUAAUCUAUAUAAGAUAGGUUUUUAGACUGAAUUAUGACAGUGUUUUUGUUGAUGAGUAAUAGUUUGUUCGAAAUUGAAUGUGUAGUCUCUGAAAUUGUUUAUUGUUCAGAGAAAGUCAUUAGAGUCUGGAUUUAGUUUAUAAGUUGAUCUAUAAUCUACAAAUGAAUGUUGUCAAACCUUAUUUUUGGAUUAGGGAGUUAUAGUCGGCCAGAAACUAUAUGUUAAAACAUAUUGUAUUCACAAGAUACAAUAAUACAUUUUCUUUUUUACAGAA